ACCAACCUUUUGGGCCGGGUGGCAACUCCGACGCGUGAGCUGUGUCGGCAACAGUUUCGUAGUUGCCGUCGUGUUGCGCGUUUCGUCAGUAGCGCUCUGUUUAUUAAAUUUGCGUUUGCGUGCACCUAAAACAACGCUCGUUAUUAAAUCGUAUUAACAUAAUAAAACAGUUUCCAACGCACGACAUACAGCGAACAACGUUUUUUUUCCAUUGUUUUUGUUUAUGGUGAACUGCGAACAAGACACACAGUUAAAGUGAAAGAAAAGCGAAUUUGAAAAUCAAAAUACAGAAAAAAUAAAACAAAUACAAAUACUAGACCAACGAAGACGGUGGGUGACAAGUGCGGUAUAAAAUAGGGGUUGCAAAAUUUUCAGCACAGGUGUGAGAGUGAGUGAGAGGUAAAGAGAGUGGAGAGUGUUGAAAAAGGAGAGUAACAACAAAAACAAAUCACAGCACUGCCAGAGAGUGUGCAUUAUUUUAAACAAAUAAAAACCGCAGCAGGUCGCAAAACUCCAUUGACAGCACCCCCCGCCACCGCCACCCCCUCUGCGUGUCCCGCGUGCCAUGCGUGACCUCGGCACCAAAAUGGCCGAGCUUAAAUUCGAGGCUCCAUUAGCGAAAUUUGAGGAGACUGACGAGUGGGGAGGCUGUGACUUUAUCUCCAAUCAGAAUGUUUUGAACGAUACGCUCAAUCUGAAUUUGAACUCCAAUCGGAAUCUAAAGGAUGGCAACGCCAAGCAACAGCAGCAGGACAAACUCCGUCUGCUCGAGGAUGCUGUGCGUGAUGCACACAUGAGCAAAAACGGAGCGGGAGUGGGAGCUGCAGGUGGAGCAGGAGUAGGAGUCGAUUUUGCUGCCGGCAACACAAGUCCCAAUUGCAAUACGCACAAUCUCACGGAAUUGGGUCUCAACGGCAGCUUGGCUACCGAUGCUAUCGAUAAGCGUGGCGGCGAUAAUGUGGACAACUUUACGGAGACAUUCGGUGGCAGUUUGGAGGAUUUGGUCAAUACCUUCGAUGAGAAAAUCACCAAAUGCUUUGGCAAUUACGAGGAGAAUGUGGAGGAGCUAGCACCGGUUCAGGUGCGCAGUCAGGAGGAGAUUAUGAAUGAAUGCCAAAUGUGGUGGACUAUAACUGGUAACUUUGGCAACAUUCUACCCAUCGAUUGGUCCAAGUCGUACACACGACAGAUGCACAUGCCGACCUUAAAUUUGGGACAGAACCGUACAAAGCAACAGCAACAGCAACGCAACCAACAACAGCAACAGCAGCAACAAAACCAACAUCAACAAAAUCAACAGCAACAACAACAACAACAACUGGAUGCACAAACACCUGGAGACGAGUUCAACGACUUGACCAGCGAGGAUGAAGCGGUAGCCAAUGAUUUGGAUAUGCAUGCCUUGAUAUUGAAUGGCCUCAAUGGUGAUGUGGAUGAGCCCAUUAAAACAGUGGAGGAGGUGAUCAAGGAGAUUGAUGAUAUUAUGGAUGAGGCAGAGAGUCCGCUCGAUGAACCCGACAACUGCGAUUCCGAGGUCAUUGAAAAGGCGCGCGAAGUUCUCGGUGCGCCUCUCUACGCUGAGAAGCUACAAUAUUUGAGCAGCACACAGCUGAAUGAACUGUACAUGGAGAUGGAGAUGCUCAUCCAGGAGCUAAGCGAGACACUGAUUAAUGAGCUGGCGCUGCGCGAUGAGCUUGAAUAUGAAAAGGAACUGAAGAACUCCUUCAUCUCGCUGCUUUUGGCCGUGCAAAACAAGCGUCGACAAUAUCACGUCGAGAAGAAACGUGGCAAGUUCCAAGGUCCGGAGCCCAAAUAUUUGACCACUGUCAUACCGUAUCAUUUGGAGAACGGCACACCCAAUAAUCAGUCGCUGCAGGUGCUGAUCAAAAUACUCAAGGCUAUUAAUGAGGACAGUCCGACGGUGCCGACGCUUCUAACGGAUUACAUCCUGAAGGUGCUGUGCCCCACAUAAAUGAAUGACAAGCUGCAAUAACAAAUACAACAACCACAGCAAGAACAACAACAAUAAUAUACCCUCUAUCUCUCUGUCUAUGUUUAUACGAGUAUAUACAUUAAAACUAGUUAUAUUGCUUACAAUCUAUGUACUACAUGAACAAAAUUAUAAAUGUAGAAAUGAAAGCAACUAGUUAUCCAGCACCCUAUACACCCUAUCCCCUUUCCACCUUACCACCUUACCAAUAUCCUUACCCUUUAUCUCUAUUUCUCUCUGCAAUAAUAAUGCUCCCACUUAAAAAAAAGAGCUAAACAAUAGAGAUGGUCUAAAGCUGCAGAUUCCGAGUACUCAAUAAAGAGAGAAUGAUACAUAGACAGGGAAAGAGAGAGAGAGAGGGAGAGAGAAGAAAGAAAUUGAGAGAAAGAGAUAGAGAUAUUGUGAAUGCUUAAGCUUAAACACAUUGCACGUAAUACUCAAUCUAAUGAAAUUCUUAACUAUACGCUAAAACAAUUACCAUAUUUAUAUAUAAUAUAUCACAGAAUGGCAUAGUCGAAUGUAACCCUAUACCUCCCUCCCUCCCCCCCUUAAACAGCACUCACUCUAAAUGCUUCAGCAAUGAAAACGAUAUAUGUAAUAUCUAGAAUAAUAAUGCCAUACGAUAAA